GUGUCAUCUAUAAUAGAUUUAAAUCGACAAUUUCUAUUUAUAAAAUUAAUGUUGAACUAAUACUUUCAUUUAAGGUGAUAAAUGCUUUUUUUGCUGUAAUUAUUGGUGCAUUCUCUCUUGCAAAUAUUGCUCUGAAUUUGCAGACCUUUGCAAUUACAGUUGGAGCUGGCGCAAAGAUUUUUGAAACUAUUGAUCUUGUUCCACCGAUUGAUUCUGCCUCACCAACUAGUAAAAUUCCUGAUCAUGUUGAAGGCCAUUUUCAGUUUAAAAAUGUUUCAUUUAGUUACCAAUCUAGACCUAAUGUUAAAGUUUUAGAUAAUAUCUCAUUUUACAUUGAAUCUGGGACAUUUGUUGCUAUUGUUGGUGCUUCUGGUUCAGGAAAGAACUUGUCUGUUGAGAAAAAAUAUAAAAUGAUUAAAAAUGCCUGUGAAAUAUCUAAUGCUGACGAAUUUAUUGUAAAACUUCCUAAUCAGUAUGAAACAAUGGUCGGUCAAAAACAAUGUAUCGCUAUAGCUCGUACUAUUGUAAGAGACCCAAAAAUACUAUUUUUAGAUGAAGCUACCAGUGCUCUUGACUCUCAAAGUGAAAAAAUUGUUCAAGACGCGUUGAAUAAAGCCUCUAAAAAUAGAACAACUAUUAUUGUUACUCAUCGAUUGUCUACUAUCCGCAAUGCCACAAAAAUUAUUGUAAUGAAUGAAGAAGCUGUUAUCGAAUAUGGUAGUCAUUAUGAACUAAUAGCUAAAG